GUAAAAAACAAGAUGGCGGCGCCCAUGAGGAAAACCGUUGAACUUUUCUAUGAUGUUGUUUCGCCAUAUACAUGGAUUGGUUUUGAAGUAUUGUGUAGAUACAGAACAAAAUGGCCAAAUAUGGAUCUGCAGCUGAAACCUUUCUUUCUGGGAGGAGUCAUGAAAGAAUCAGGAAACAAACCCCCUGCCAUGGUGCCAAAUAAAGGUACAUACAUGCUGAAAGACAUACAGAGGCUGGGAAAAUAUUAUGGUAUUCCUCUGAAACAGCCCAAGGAUUUUGCCAGUGUUAUGUUUGGUACACUCCCAGUUCAAAGAUUCCUGACUGCAGUGGACAUGACCAACCCAGAAUAUACAGAGGAACUCUCCAGACAGUUCUGGUUCCGAAUUUGGAAAAAUGAUGAGCCAGUCACAGAACCUCAACAUUUUGCAGAGGCCGCCAAAAAAGCUGGAAUGAGCGAGGAUAUCAUAUCAUCAGCUUUAAAGAGAAUGAGUGAGCCAGACGUGAAGAAUAGACUCACCCAGUACACAAAACAGGCCUUAGAUGAUGGGGCAUUUGGAAGCCCUUGGAUUAUUGCACACAUUAAUGGGAAAAAGGAAUCGGUGUUUGGAUCAGAUAGAUUUCCAAUAUUAGCCAUGUUGUUAGAGGAAGAAUGGCAUGGUCCUUUGAAGGAAUUAUCUAAGCUGUAAAAUCGAAGUUUGAAGAAAUUUUGGAAUUCAAUCAAUAUAUAGAAUGGAAAUGUUAUCCAAGCAACUUAUUUUCUUGCCCUGAGGUCAGUUCAGUAAAAGAAGUGUUUGUGUGUAUUGAUGGCAGCAUAUAUAUAGAACUCUUCAUUGAGAAGACCAAAUGAUGUAAGGUUGUUCAAUACAUUAAAUGUAAAAAGUGCAUUUUCAAUGUCUGUGAUAAUAAUCAGGUAAUAUUAAAAUGAUAAAUAUUUGAUGUUUUGUUUUA